AUGUGGCCGGCAGUAACCUUUACAGCGACAGCGAUUGCGCUGAUCAGUACCAUCGUUAUACAUUUCCAAGAUCAAACAAGUGAUCCUGUAGCAAAGUUCGCCUCUCAGAACUUAAAGAAGUACGAUGAUGAUCUCAUUCAACUUGCCAAGAUAGCUUCGAUUUCGUCGCUACCUGAACACAAUGCAGACAUUCUAAAAGCGGCAGAGUGGCUUGUUCCCAGAUUGAAAGCUGCUGAAUUGGAGGAUGUAAGGAUCUUACAGACCAAGGGACAGCCAGCUGUUUACGGCCAGUGGCUGCAUGCAGCAGGAGCCCCCACAGUCCUGAUCUAUGGCCACUACGAUGUGCAGCCUGUGGACCCAUUGGAGCUGUGGACAAGCCCCCCUUUCAAUCCCACUGUGACCCGCACUGGGAAGGGCCAGGGGUACUUCAGAGGCCGAGGGGUGUCAGAUGACAAGGGUGGACUUUUGCAACCUGUUCAGGCUGUCGAGGCGUACCUGAAGACCAAAAAAGCUCUUCCUGUCAAUGUCAAGUUCUUGCUGGAGGGGCAGGAAGAGAUUGGGUCCCCAAAUCUGGCUGAGCUGCUGGCAGAGCACAAGGAGCUCCUUGCUGCAGACAUGGCCCUCUCGGCAGAUGGUGGACAGAUCAGUGAAACACAGGCUGGCGUCGUGCUGGGAUUGAGAGGGGGGGUUGCCUUUGAAGUGGAGGCACAGACCGUUGGGCAGGACCUGCACUCAGGUCUGAAAGGCGGCUCGGUGCAGAACCCGAUCCACGCGUUGGCGCAAUUCGUUGCAGACCUGCACGCUCCCAACGGCAGUGUUGCUGUGGAUGGAUUCUAUGAUCUACUUGAUGUUGUCUGCGUUGAGCAGAGGGUGAAUGCGCGCAGGUGGCUGCGGCCAACGCUGGAGGUGGUGGGAAUCUACGGCGGCUUUUCAGGCGUUGGCAUAAAGACAAUCGUGCCCUCCAAGGCAACCGCCAAGAUCUCAUGCAGGCUGGUGCCUGAUCAGGACCCGGACCAUGUCAUGUCUGCCCUCAAGAGGCACGUGGAUACGCACGCCCCUGCGCAGACGCGGCUGACAUUCACUCCCCUGCCAUUUCGCGCACACCCCUACAUCAUGCCCCGGGACACUGUCGCCAAUCGCGCCGCUGCCAAGGUGCUGGGAGGGCUGUUUGGUACUGUCAAGUUCUAUCGCGAUGGCGGAAGCAUCCCGGCUCUGGCGCUCUUCAAGGAGCACCUGAACCUCUUCAUGACAUGCUUUUCUUUUGGCCUUCCCGAUGACAACAUUCACUCACCAAAUGAAAGGUUCAGAGUGUCCAUGUAUGACAAGGGCCGAGAAGCUUGGAUCCGGAUGCUGCAAGAGAUUGCGAACCAGGCUGCAAGUGCCUGA